GCACUCGAUCCCCUCCGUCCCCAAAACCCCCCACAGCCUGCAACCUCGAACCCCGCGCCCAGCGCCCUCGGUAACCACCGCCACAGACAAGGCUAGACGCCAGACACCACCAUGGGAGAGGAGAAGAAGGCGGCCAAGGAUGGCGCCGCCGGCGGCGGCGGCGACAAGAAGAAGGACGCCGCCGCGGCGGCGCCGGCGGGGCAGCAGCCCAUCGUGCUCAAGGUCGACUUGCAUUGCGCCGGAUGCGCCGGCAAGGUCCGCAGGGCCAUCAAGCACGCCCCAGGGGUGGAGUCCGUGGUCGCGGACAUGGCGGCGGGCAAGGUGACCGUCACCGGCCCGGCGGACGCGGCGGAGCUCAAGGAGCGCAUCGAGGCCAGGGCCAAGAAGCCCGUCCAGAUCGUCUCCGCCGGCGCCGGCCCGCCCAAGAAGGACAAGGAAAAGGAGAAGGAGAAGGAGAAGAAGGCGGACGGCGGCGGUGAGAAGAAGGCGGACAAAGAGAAGGGUGGCGGUGAGAAGAAGGCAGACAAGGAGAAGGGCGGCGACAAGAAGGCCGAGAAGAAGGAGAAGGGCGGCGACAAGCCCAAGGAGGAGAAGAAGCCCAAGGAACCCAAGGAGGAGACGGUGACGCUCAAGAUCCGGCUGCACUGCGAGGGCUGCAUCGACCGCAUCAAGCGCCGCAUCUACAAGAUCAAAGGUGUGAAGGAUGUGGUGAUCGACGCCGCCAAGGACCUGGUGAAGGUGACCGGCACCAUGGACGCCGCCGCGCUGCCGGGCUACCUCAGGGACAAGCUCAGCCGGACCGUGGAGGUCGUCGCGCCGGGCAAGAAGGACGGCGGCGACAAGAAGGGUGAUGACAAGAAGGACAAGGCCGACGGCGGCGACAAGAAGAAGGACGGCGGUGGCGGCGGCGAGGAGAAGAAGGACAAGUCCGCCGGUGCCGCUUCUGCGUCGGUGGCGCCCAUGCCCAUGGCCGACGCCGGCAUGUACCAGAUGCCGCCGCACUACGGCAGCUACGCGCCGUACCCCCCGGCCCCCGGGGGCUACUACGGCGCCGCCCCGGCACCCCACCCCGCCAGCUUCUACCCCAACGCCGGCGUCCAGUACCCGCCCCCGCCCGCCUACCCAUACGGUGGCGCCCACCUCCACGCGCCCCAGAUGUUCAGCGACGAGAACCCCAACGCCUGCUCCGUCAUGUGAGCGAGCCCAGCUCGUUCCCUCCGCCCGCCGGCCGUCGACGCCGCCCCUCCCUCCGUCGAACUCCGCUGUGUCAUACCAGAAAGCUAUGGCUUGGGUUUAGCAGCUUAGUUAAUUAUCAGUUAGCUAGUAGUUUAAUCAGUGCCCCCGAGGUCCAGUACCAGCAGACUGUAAAUGGCAGCAGCGACUCUCUCCGCCCCGGUGUAAUUUGCAGCGUCAUGUAAUCUACCCGCCACCGAUGAAAUUUUGCCCUUUUAUCAUC